CUCUCCCUCCUCAUUUUUCUCUGCACUGCCAGUCACAAGUUGCUGGUGGCAGCAGGCCUGAGGUUUACACAGUGCUCGAGGUAUAUGCUCGCGUCAAGCAGCACGCGUCUCGCGCAAGUAUGUCGUCGUAGCACACUCCCCGCACUUCCCCGGGCCACUCGCACAUUGAAGCACAAAGCGACAGACAAGACCGCGGACGAGAAGAUCAAUUACAGCAAGAUCUCUUUCCAGGAUGUCCCCGACGCGGAGCAUGCCACCUACAAACGUGCCGACAUCUUCACGGCGACGGAGCCUGUGCAGUUUGGCAAGCUGAGGAACAUCCUGGAGUUCGAGGAGGGGGUCGCGCAGAAGUAUGCCGAGUACGGUCCGGAUGGUGAAGGACCCGGGAGGCAGAUCUGGCAUACGCCGACGGAGCUGUUCAAGCCUUGGUACGGCCAAGCCAUUGCCCAAUGUCUAGUGUCUGAAUAUCUGCUCAAGUACUUCCCGUAUGAAGAUUUCAUCAUCUACGAGAUUGGUGCGGGGAACGGCACGCUCGCCCUCGACAUUCUGGACUACAUACAGCAUCGCUACCCCGAAGUCUACGACCGCACGCAGUACAAAAUCAUCGAGAUCAGCGAGAAUCUCGCGCACCUACAACGCGAGAAACUGAGCACCAAGCACCCCUGCGUUGACGUGACCAAUCAAAGCAUCUUCCGCUGGUCCAAGCGCGAGCCCGCGCCGUGCUUCUUCCUCGCCAUGGAGGUCAUCGUGAGUGCUCUCCCCAUCCGCUGCAGGUCCCGCCAGUGA